AUGCUGAUCGCCCUCUCCUCGCACAUCGGGGCGCUGGAGGCCGAGAAGCAGAAGCUGCGUGCCCAGGUGCGGCGCCUGGGCCAGGAGAACCUCUGGCUGCGGGACGAGCUGGCCGGCACCCAGCUACGGCUGCAGCACAGCGCGGAGGCCGUGGCUCAGCUGGAGGAGGAGAACAAGCACCUGCGCUUCCUGAACCAGCUCAAGCAGUACGAGCCCCGGGAGGAGCAGGUGGACACGGAGGAAUCCUUUCUCAGCACGGAAGACGCCCAAAGGACAGAGGGGCAGAGUGUGGGUGUAGCCGCGCUGGCAGCCCAGCAAGGCGGGUACGAGAUCCCUGCGCGCCUGCGGACGCUGCACAACCUGGUGAUCCAGUACGCCUCUCAAGGGCGCUACGAGGUGGCGGUGCCACUUUGCAAGCAGGCCCUGGAGGACCUGGAGAAGAGCUCCGGGCACAACCACCCAGAUGUGGCCACCAUGCUCAAUAUCCUGGCCCUGGUCUACCGGGACCAGAACAAGUACGAGGCGGCCACGGAGCUGCUCAAUGAUGCCCUGGACAUUCGUGAGCAGGCGCUGGGCAUGGAACACCCUUCCGUGGCUGCCACCCUGAACAACCUCUCUGUGCUGUACGGCAAGCGCGGGAAGUACCAGGACGCCGAGCCUCUGUGCCAGAGAGCCCUGGAGAUCCGAGAGAAGGUGCUGGGCCCCAACCACCCAGAUGUGGCCAAGCAGCUCAACAACCUGGCCCUCCUGUGCCAAAACCAGGGCAAGUUCGAAGAGGUGGAGCGGUAUUACCAGCGGGCCCUUCGCAUCUACCAGGCCCAGCCGGGCCCCGGCGACUGCAAUGUGGCCAAGACCAAGAACAACCUGGCCUCGUGUUUCGUGAAACAGGGCAAGUUCCAGGAGGCUGAGCAGCUGUACAAGGAGAUCCUGUCCCUGCAGGACCAGGAGCCGAGCCCCCCCAGGGGCGAUUAUGGCUGGACAGGAGCUGGCAACACCUGGGAAGGACAGGAGGGGAUGAGGCGCAGUAGCUCCUUUUCCCGCUUCCGGGAGUCGCUCAGACGCAGCAGUGAGAAGCUGGUCUCCAAGCUCCGGGGCCCAGCAGUGGGGCAGCCCAAGGACACGGCAGCCCCCAGGAUGACCAGGGCCACCUCCCUCAACACGCUGCCUUUGGACGAGGCUGCAGCCGUCUCAGCCCCAAAGCCCACCCGGAACCUGAGCACCAGCAUCCAGGACCUCACGCAUCGCCCCGCCCACUAGCCCCCCCC